AGCUGUCUCCAAUCGCCACGGCGAAUUGGAAAGCUUCUGGAGGCUAGAAGGUGUUGGCGGCUAUGGCGAGGAGGCAGACAUGGUGGAGCCGUGCGAUAUUCUCCGGUGGCUGCCCGUUCCGCCUGAAGGCCCGACAACCGAGGGCCGCCGUCGAUGCGGGCCAGCCAAGGAAGAGUUCGACGCCAGCGAUGUCGGGGAGGAUGAGACCGACGCCGACCGCUGGAUCCACUCCUCGAAGCUUCUGGAGGCUCUGAGGCGUCUUCGCCGCUCGUCACCGGCCAUGCCGCCAAGGACACAGGUCGUUCGGGAGGCGGCGGACUGGGUGCUGGCGGCCGUGGCGAGGGGGCAGACGCGUUGGAGCUACGCGAUCCUCUCCGGCGGCUGCCCGCUCCGCCUGAAGGCCCGACGAUCGAGGGCUGCCGUCGACUGAGACGGCCAAAAAAGGGUUCAAUGCCAGUGAUGCCGGGGAGGAUGAGACCGACGUCGACCACAGAAUCUACUCCUCGAAGCUUCUGGAGUCUCUGAGGUGUCUCCGCCGCUCGUCACCGGCCACGCCGCCAAGGACACGGGUCGUUCGGUAGGCGGCGGACCGAGCACUGGCGACCGUGGCGAGGGGAUGGGCGCGGUGGAGCCGUGCGAUCCUCUCUGACGGCUGCCUGCUCUGCCUGAAGUUUCGGCGACCGAGGGCCGCUGUCGACACCAGUAUUCAUGGGAGGGUGAAGGCUCUUGGCCGGCUGGUCCUGCGUUGUCGGAAAUCGUCGUUUCCGACGCU